AUGGACAUUCAGGAAUCGUCAAAGCCAAGCCGUCAUCUAGAUAGAGAGAGGAAACGAGCCGCGCGCGCGUGUGAUGGCUGUCGCCGCCAGAAGGAAAGAUGCGAUGGAGGCGUGCCCUGUCGGAGAUGCUUCCGGCUAGGUCGCCAGUGCGAUUUCUCGGGCAGGGCCACAACUGAAGCGGACUCGCAGGCUGGCUCGGGACUGCGCCCUCCAAGACCUCGCGCGCUGGAUCAUGGCUCCGCUGAACAAGCAAAGCGGCUUGAAUAUCUAGAGAGAAUCGUCAAGGGCUACGUCGGAAGCAAGGAUGCUCUGGAUCUCGAAACCCUCAAGGCGUUGGCUCAAGCCACAGAGAAACGUCGGAACUCCCCUCGGCCAGCAGACACCUCCUCUCAGAGCUCCGAAUUCGAGGGCGUGGAUGAAAACUUUGAGAUGCGGCCCCUCCAUGGCAAUGUCACACACUAUUCUGGAGAGUUUUCGCAUUGGAACUUUUCUAUGCGCAUCAAGAAAUGGAUCGACCAGAGUGUUCCAAAUGACGCUUUAAAUCAUUCAUCCAAAUCACCAACAACCUUUAAGGAGUACUACCGCGCCGAAGAGCUGCAGUCGCAUUCAGAUGCGAUAGGUGCAUUGUCGCUUUUACCACCGAGACCCAUCGCCGACUUUCUCGUUUAUUCCUUCUUCAAGCAUGCACAGACCAAUUAUUUCUUCGUUGAACAGAGCUGGCUCAAAGCCAAGCUCGAUCUUGGUUAUGAAAAUUCGGCAGCAUUCUCUAGGCGGGACGUGGGUUCAGUGUGCAUCAUCUUUGCCAUUCUUGCCAUUGGAACGCAAUUCGCCUAUCUCGAAUCGUUGGUUGAUGGUGCCGAGAAUCCCACGGAAAAGGGACCUGAUGCGUUUACCGAAGACUCCGUUGGGAUACUAUUCUAUCAACAGGCAUGCCGACUGCUUCCAGAUGUAAUUACGGCCUCAUCGCUGGAGAGUGUCCAAGCCUGUUUGUUACUUGGCAUAUAUACGCUCCCGGUUGAUGCAUCAGGACUGGCAUACAUUUAUCUCAAUUUGGCCCUUAAGCUUGCGAUACAGAACGGCAUGCAUAGGAAAUACCCCGUCGAAAAUCGAGAUGCAGCCGUUGUUGAAACCAGGAAUCGGGUUUGGUGGAGUGUGUACACCAUCGAAAAGCGUGUUGGAACCUUUCAUGGUAGACCGACGUCUAUAUCCAGCACUGAUGUGGAUGCUGACUUUCCCGUUCAUCGUCCUGAUCUAUGGUCCUCGACCUCGCAAACCGAUACUGCACAUAUCUUGGCCACUUUUGAGCUGAACCAGCAGCUAAGUAAAAUGUCUCGUGAAAUAGCAAUCUUGAGAUCUGUGCCCAAACAUGAAGUGCCCGAAGGGCUGAAAAGGCUCGCACAGCUUCACCGUGAGCUCAAGACGUGGUGGGAUGCUCUGCCGAAUGACAUCUUUUGCAAAGAAUUCACAUCACAGUCGAAGAUUUCUCGCAAGCAUAUGCAUCUGCAGUUGGAAUAUUGCCUCGUACGCAUGUAUGUUGGUCGCGUCUUCAUCUUCCCCGAGGCAGGGUUGAGGGAUGGCAGCAGCCCAUCCACGUCUGUGAACGCUCCUUCCAGUGCGUCUCUGGGCAAAAAAAGCACUCGUUCAACCCUGGUAGCAGACUGCAUUGAGGCCGCCCUGUCAGUUAUAGACACGUGUCGCUGCCUGCGAAAUACGAUUGGCCUUGCUCGAGCCUCUUACACAGAGUUCAGCUCUUGUCGGGCAGCUCUCCUCGUCAUUACUACACAAUGUCUUUCCCAGAAGACAUACAUGUUCAGACAGGCUUUGCGGGAUGGCCUGUCGAUGCUCAAGGAGAUGUCGACUGGCAGCCAAUCUGCACACUCCGAAGCCUCGUUGAUUGAGGCUUUUGAACAAGCCAUCGCCAACAUGAAUACGCAAGAGCAGACUACCAGCACUACAGUGAGCGAGUCCCAAUACGCAAAGUUCAAAAGAUGGGAGCAGCUAUGGAAGAGCGAUUCGCCGUUACCAGAAACAGCAGAUGGAGGCGCUCAAAAGGAACAAGUGCCAAUGGCACCCCCGGCAUCAGAGCCACCGAAGCUAACAGGAGAGCCACAGAAAGAAGAUACCACGAUGAUGCCGUCAAGUACCCCCUUUUUCGGUGUCGAUGGACAUUUCGCAUCAUUUCCGCAAAAUCUGGAUGAUUUUUCGGCGUUCUUUGGGAAUGAAUUCGGAUCGAAUAUUGACUCUGGACAGGGCUGA